UGCCGGUAGCCAGUUGCCAGUGCUCCCUCGCCGACAAACAACUUUACGUCAGGAUGGUGCGUGCUACCUCUGUGCUGGUCUGCUGCCUGCUAGCCGCGCUGCUGCUGGUCCUCCCUGCAGCCGCCUACCCCAGUAUGAACAGCAACUACCGCGAGGCGUCGUAUGAACCUGAGGAGAUCCUGGACAUGCUGACCCGCCUCAACAACCUCAUACAGAUGGAGCGCAACAUGCAGACAUACAAAGAAGGCAUUGACACCGACAAGCGCGCUCUAGACCUUGGCCUCAACCGCGGCUACUCCGGCGCCAUCCAGGCCAAGCACCUCAUGGGUCUCGCCGCUGCCAACUACGCCGGCGGCCCUGGCAGGAGGCGACGCGACGUUGCCAACUAAACUGGCAACCACCUGGCACGUGCCAACUAACCUGGCAUCGAUAGCACGUGCCACCUGGCAUCGAUGGCACGUGCCAAGCCGAUUGGCACAACUCAAACGCUUCAUAGAUCGUGUAUCGGCCUAGUUAAUUAGGUUUUGUAUCCGGAAACUUGACUUAACCACGAUUAAGGUUUUAUUGCUUUACUAGGUGUUAGCAAAAUAGUAGUUAAAAAAAUAACCAUACUAGCGACCCGCCCUAUCAGUAUUUUUCUACAAUAUAAUUACUCUCAAUAUAAUUUUCAAAGAAGUUCCAAAGACAAGCAUAAGUCAGCCAUUUGGAAGUUACACUAUUUUAAACUGUGUAGUGAUUGCCAAUAUCAAGUAGCUAAAUUAAGAGAUAUAAUUUUAUUUAAUUAUCAUUUUAUUAUUAUAAUAACAUCUAGUCAAAAUGCAUUUUUGCCGCUUAAUUAGGUAGGUUACUUUAGGAAUUAAAACUACUAGUCAGUAGAUGUCUACGUUUCUUUAUAGCAAUAAAGAGUUUUCGUGUAUUUUGCGGUUAAGUCACAGUUUCUACAUCACAAUUCUAGUCAAUAUUUUUAUGUGUUAUGUUCCUAAAGUCCACUGGUGCCAGGCUAGGUUAGUUCUAAUCGUUCGUUAUGAUAUCAUGCCUUCGUUUUCUUAAAAACAAGAGAGAUAUGAUUCAUCAAUGAUUAGCGUUAACCCAGACUGGUGAAAAUGGCUCUAUUUGUUAUUAUUUUUAGAUUUAAGAUUAGUUUAAUUGUAAUACGAGACGGCUUUUAAAAUAUUUUAGAUUUUUAUAGUUAUAAUUUAAAAAUAUUUGCUUUAGUAGUUUCGUAGUAGAACUUUUACUAAUUAUAGUCACCGUCUCGUUUUUAUUUACUUAUGUAAAAAUAUAAAAUAAGUUAAAACUUCAAAUAACAGUAUUCAUACAGUAUUGGCGGUUAAUCUUUCACGAAGUUUCUCUGUCUUUCAGAAUUUAAAUAGAUCAAAAAAUAAUAAACAAAUAUUCCUACUAAAUAUA